UUUUCGCUGCAAUCUAUCGCGUGAUCGAGCGCGCCACAAUAGAUUCAAUCUCGGAAUCAUUUCCGGGGCCGCCGAGGAAAGGAGAGACCUCCCGGUCGCCUGCUCGCCCGGGGCUCUCCUGUCGAGACUCGGUCUGUCUGUGUUCACGACGCGGCUUCUGUCACGCCAAACGUCAAAGAGACAGCGCGCGACCUAACCUUGUCUCCUCGUCUCGGACUCCCGGUGUACGAUGCUAUCGCUAUUCGCGUCCGAUUCGAAUCCCGAUCGAACGAUGACAGAUGUUGACAAGAACGACGAUGACGUCGAGGAUGUUACUUCUGCGAUUCGCGCGUCAAAUAUCAUGUUCACUCGUGUUAACCUCCUUUCUGGUUAUGUGAAUUUGAGCUUCAAAUUUCACUCGUUAAAGAAAUCCGCGAUUUGAGUUGCAGUUUCUCUGGAAGAAACUGCGCGAUGAUGAUGAUUGAUUGCUGGCCGUACAAUGGAUGUGAGUACUGGCAAUAAUGACGAUGUGUCCUUCCGUUUGGGAGAAAUGUUUGACAGUUACGAGGAGCUGGAACAAAAGCUGGAUAGAUUCUCAAAGCACAGUCUGGUACAUUAUUGGAGACGUGAUAGUAGAACUGUGAGCGGAGCUCAUAUGAAGACUGCACGACCCAUCAGCGAGAGAUUAAAGUAUUAUUCUGUUAAAUAUGCUUGCAUUUAUGGUGGCCAGAAAUUCCUUCCACGUGGUGCUGGCAGAAGACAAUCUCAGUCUAUACGAACAAAUUGUCCUGCUCAUAUUAUGCUCAGGGCAUCUAAAGAUGGCACAAAGUUAGAAGUAACCAGUGUCAAUAAUGAACAUAAUCAUGAAAUCUCAGAGGAACUGUUUAAGAAUCUUCCACAAGAAAGAAAGCUCUGUGGUGAAAUCAGACAAGAAGUUCAAGACCUUCUACAAUUGCAUAUUGAUCGUAAGAGAUUAAGGGAAUAUGUGCGAUUGCGUACUAAUAAGGUAUUGCGAUCCAAAGAUCUAUUCAACAUAGCAGCAGCUAAUAAACAGAAGAGAGACAUCACACCAGAGCGAGCAUAUCAAUUAUAUAAGAAGAUUCAUGACAUUGAAAAGAUGCAGAACAGAAAUAGAAAGAUAUAUCCUGAAUCUGAGGAUGAGAUAGCACAAACUAUAAAAAGAAUGAAAAAUGAACAGGAAUCUGCCUGGGGUCAAGAUGGAUUAUCAACAGAGUUAGAAGUGAGUGAAGGCAAUGACGGUGAAGACUCUUAUAGUGGUCAGUUGACGCAAGAAGAGGUAGUCGAUGAAAUCGAUACAAAGAGCGAACUAAUGAGAGUCGACAAUGAAGGUGAUAUAAUAGCGACUGACGGAGAAAUAGUAGGCGAGUUGGUGAUGGAGAAUAGUGACCCAUCAGUGAUAGUCGAGUCUAUCGUUAACGCGGAUGGUUCCGUUUUCGUUGACGAAAGAGAAUUCAAUAGCUAUUGCAACAAUAAUUUGUCGCACACGGUGGACGAUAGCCAAUCGCCGGAACCGCGUGUUUUAGAUAUAGAAACCAUUGCUUCGACUACCACUAUCGAAAAAAUCACAAAGGAAACGUCUGCUUCGCCUAAUCACAAGUCGCAAGCUAGUUCUUUGACUCUGCAACAGUCGCCGAAGUCACCCAGCAGCUUCCAUGAAGCUGACUCGAGAAUUUGGAUUAUGAAGGAAGACGACCCUCCCAUAGAAACGGAGCCAGAAAGCGGACCUGAGAGCGAGACGAAUACAAUGAUCAAACCGAUCUCUAUGAUGAAACCGGAUAUGGAGACACCUGAAGUAGGAUUGUCCGAUGAAGCGAGUCACCAGUUGCUUCAGGAACAACUGGCAGUAUUGCGUGCUGAAAAGGGAAAGCUGUAUCUUGAAACUGAAGUGUUGAAACUGAAGAAGGACAAGCUCAAGUUGCAAAUCAAUUGUUACUCAAACGAAAUAAGGAAACAAGAAAUGGAGAAGGAGAAGCUUAGACUUGAAAUCAAGCUACUUCAGUCUAAAGUUAUGGAAGACACUAACGAUGUAUCGCAUUACAUCUUUGUGCCUUAACUUCUCUGAUUUUAUCAUAAAGUGAUUGUAAAUAAUAUUUUGCAUUGCUUAAGAAGAUAUAUACUUGCAUGUGGGUAUUACAGAUCGCAUGCUAAUAUAUCUAGAUAUAUGUUUAUUGCUAUAACAGAGUUUUAUCUGUGAAAUUAUCAAAAUGAAUAUUGCCAUAUUGGAAGCAAUAAACGGAUUUUGCUACUAA